AUGAAUUGUCUUUGGAAAGAAUCUAAAGAUGCUAAACCAUAAAUGAUUAGUAUUCCAAUACCAAAAGUUGAAGAAGGUCAACUUUUAAUAAGAAUGGAUUAUGCACCUAUAAAUCCAUCAGAUAUUAAAUUUAUACUAGGAUAAUCUUAAUCAAAUAAACAAUAUCCAUGUGUUCCAGGAUUUGAAGGAUCUGGCACAGUAGUACUUACAGGCGGAGGAAUGGCUAAUUGGGGUAUGUCUGGAAAAAGAGUAGCAUUCUACACAGAUAAUAAAUAUGGAACAUAUGGAGAAUAUUGUAUUGCAGAUAGAAAUUUGUGCAUAGAAUUAGAUGAUGAUAUUUAAUCAAAUAACGCUGCUUGUUCAUUUGUUAAUCCAUUAUCUGUUAUUGGAAUGUUAGACCUUUGCAAGAAAAAUAAUGUAAGAGCAGUCAUUAACAAUUCAGGAGCUUCAUAGUUAGGAAUAAUGAUGAACCGUCUCUUUUAGGAAUAAAAUAUUAAAGUUAUUAAUAUAGUUAGUAGUGAAGAAUAAAUUAAUUAAUUAAGAUAUGAAUGUGAAACAGAAUUAAGUAUCAAUCAAAAUGAUUCUGAUUUCCUAAAAUAGUUAAAAAUAAUGUGCUAAGUUAUUUAGCCUUCUAUUUACUUUGAUGCUGUUGGAGGAUAAUAGAGUGGAUAGGUUUUAAAUAUUAUGCCAUAAAGCUCAAUUUUGAUAAUGUAUGGAACUCUUGAUAGUUGUUAAAUAGGAGGCAUUCAAGCCAAUGAUAUAUUAAGAGAUAGAAAAUCUAUUUAAGGGUAUUCUUAUUUUUAUAUCUGAGAUUCUUUUUGAAUGUUUGGUUAAAAGAAAAAAAUAAAAUAGAAUUAAUGAUGAUCUUAAAAAAAAUCAAGAAUUUUGUUAAGUCUUCUUUAAAAACUAAAAUUGCUAAAGAAGUAAUACCACUAAUUAUAAUAUUAGUUUCCUUUAGAUUAAUUUUAAGAAGCUGUUGAUUAUUAUAACACACAUAUGAAUAUGAAUGAAGGAAUAACUUUAAUUUGUUUGAAAAAAAAAAUAUAAUCAAAAGAAGAAAAAAUUAAUUAAAAACAAAGUUUAUUAUCAAAUGAAUAAUAAGAAUAAAAUUAAAAAUAAUAAUAAUAAUAUAAUGAAGAUUAAGAAUCUUAAGAAUCCUAAGAAUCUUAAGAAGAUAAUGAUUCUGAUUUAGGAUUUGGAGAAGGACUAAAUGAUGUAUUGUCUAGCUCAGAGUAAAAGUGA